AUGGUCUGGGAUCUUAGUAAAUUUUGCUGCCUGGGAUAUUCUGAUGCUUUCUUUACUGAAUCUCUGAACGAGAAGGAAGCAAUUGGUGCAUUAGAUACAACCACGCAGAAGAAAAUAGCAACAAAGUCAGACAGAAAAUCUCAUUUGUGUCUCGAAUUCAUUCCCCGCCGGCCCGGCCCAGCCCCCCCACCCCGCGCAGCGAGGCGCGGCACGGAGCCGAACCACCAGCAACGCCAAACGGCUGCCGAGCUGCGGGCGGGGGCGCGGCGCGCGCACUCACCCGCGCGCCGGGGCAGCCGCCCACCGAGCUGCGGCGGCGGGAGGGGGCGCGGAGGGCGUGGCUCGCGGGCGGGGGCGUGGCUUCCGGGCGUGGGGGCGCGGCCUGGGGCCGGCGGGGCGCCGCACCAGCUGCCCCGCCUCCCUCCUCCCGCGCGUGCGCGAGCGGCCGGAAGCGCGGCGGCGGCGGCGGCGAUGGCGGUGGCGGAGAAGUUCGACUCUCUGGAGGAGCAUCUGGAGAAGUUCGUGGAGAACAUCCGGCAGCUCGGCAUUAUCGUCAGCGACUUCCAGCCCAGCAGCCAGACGGGUCUCAACCAGAAACUGAAUUUCAUGGUGACGGGCUUGCAGGACAUCGACAAAUGCCGGCAGCAGCUUCACGAUAUCAGCGUGCCCUUGGAGGUUUUUGAAUACAUAGAUCAAGGCCGCAAUCCUCAGCUUUACACUAAAGAGUGUCUAGAGCGAGCUUUGGCAAAAAAUGAGCAAGUAAAAGGAAAAAUUGACACAAUGAAGAAAUUUAAAAGUCUGUUAAUUCAAGAACUGACAAAAGUGUUCCCAGAAGACAUGGCAAAGUACAAAGCUAUUCGAGGAGAAGAUCCUCCUCCUUAAGCUGGUCUUUGAUAGGUCUAAAAAUGUCAAUUCCAUAAACUGACACCACUCUAUAAAAACAUUGAUGGGAGAGAGGGGGAAUCCAAGCUGUCAUAACAACUGUAUUAAAAAUGGCAGUGAUGGACUGUAAAGGAGCUUGAUGAUUGCUGAUGGUUCUGGUCUGAAGCUACUGAAUCUUUCUGAAGAGUUCUACUCAAAAGAUUGCAGUUGAAACUUCCUAUGGUAAUCUCUUCUUUCCUGAAAGGUUUUGGAGAUACAGGUGCCUACAGGUCAUCCAUACAUAGCACUUCCCACAAAAUACGUUUCCAGAGCAGAUAAUCAUGUUUUUUGUCUUCUGAAAAGUGUGCUCCAGGGUUGUGGGCUCAUCUGUUUUUAAGAGAAAUGUAUUGACUGUUUUUCAUUUGUAAACUGCUUUGUUUUUUAUUACAGUACAAAACAGUUGACUGCUUUUGUCUUGCCAAAUUCUACUGAACGGGAGCCUGUCAGGGGCUGCAGUUUUCAUGUGUCAUAAUGAAUUGCAGCCAAGAAAGCCUUCAUAUAUUCUUGUUUUGUUCAAUGAACUGCAGUGCAGAUGGCUGAGAAUAUAGAAAGUGAGCAUAUUCGGGGACUAGCUCAACAAUGUUAACAUUUUCUGUAGUAUUUAAUGUAAGCUUUUGUUCUAUUCAUUUUCUGUAAGCGGAUUGUUGAAUAAAAAUCUGGAAAAAAAAUAUCCAGCAUUUUUCUGUUGUCUGCUACUUUCGUAGCUUUCAGUUCAUUCUCCAAACAAUAGCCUUGGAGUGAUAGAAAUAAAAUGUAUGUCAGAA